UGGCGACAGCACCAGAAGCAUUGCAGCAGACACCAAAGAUGCUGACACGAAAGAUAAAACUCUGGGAUAUCAACGCCCAUAUUACCUGUCGCUUGUGCAAUGGAUACCUUAUCGAUGCUACUACUGUAACAGAGUGCUUACAUACCUUUUGCAGAAGUUGUUUGGUGAAAUAUCUGGAAGAAAAUAACACCUGCCCCACAUGUAGAAUUGUCAUUCAUCAGAGCCAUCCGCUACAGUAUAUAGGUCAUGACCGAACAAUGCAAGAUAUCGUUUAUAAACUUGUGCCCGGUCUCCAAGAAGCGGAAAUGCGUAAACAGAGGGAAUUUUAUCACAAACUUGGUAUGGAAGUACCAGGGGACAUCAAAGCAGAAAUCUUAACUGUAAAGCAACAUGUAGAAGCCCACAGAAACGGCGAAACAAAAACAGAUGAACACACACAUAAAGAACCCCCAGAAGAAAAGCAGGAAGAAGACCAUGACUAUCACAGAAGUGACGAACAGGUGAGCAUAUGUUUAGAAUGCAACAGCAGCAAACUGCGUGGACUAAAGCGAAAAUGGAUACGUUGUUCGGCACAAGCAACAGUCCUACAUCUAAAGAAAUUUAUAGCCAAAAAACUUAAUUUAUCAUCAUUUAAUGAGUUGGAUAUAUUAUGCAAUGAAGAAAUACUCGGCAAAGAUCACACGCUCAAGUUCGUUGUAGUCACGAGGUGGAGAUUUAAGAAAGCACCACUUCUCCUGCAUUACAGACCAAAAAUGGACUUGCUGUAAAAGAACUUAAUUGUCCUGUAAGGACAAGUGUUUUGCAGAGACUAUCAUGGGCACGGGCAGAGUGCACCACAUCACUUAAGACAUGGGACCUGAACCGGCGGAUUCAAGCCCAGAAGAUUGUAGCGCAUUCUGAGAAGAACCUCUGCUUCUAGACAUUUCUCUUACACAACAUGGAUUCUAGAGUUCUGGACAGGAAAAUAUUUAUACUUUUGUACAAAAAAAAAAAUCAAAAAACAAAAGAGCUAAUUUUUCAUAGAUCAAGACACUACCAGCAUGGCGUUUACAGAUACAAAAACACUUUUCAUAAAUUUAUGUCUUUGCUGCAAUUUACAUCCAACUUGGGUUUAAAAUGUAUUGAUCGU